UUUUCCUUUCCCGCAUUGCGCCUGCGCAGUGACUAUCAGACGCCGGGCCUCUUGUGUGUAAUACGGUGGCGGUACUUGAUCGGGGUGGGAAGGCCGCCAUAUUUUCAGAAACCGACCGGACUCAUCAGAUAGGAAGAUGAGCAGCUCGGAGGAAGUAUCAUGGAUCAGCUGGUUUUGCGGCUUGAGGGGCAACGAGUUCUUCUGUGAGGUUGAUGAAGAUUACAUCCAAGACAAAUUUAACUUGACAGGACUCAACGAACAGGUCCCUCAUUACCGACAGGCUCUGGACAUGAUUUUGGACUUAGAACCAGAUGAAGAGUUGGAGGAUAACCCUAAUCAGAGCGACCUCAUUGAGCAGGCAGCAGAAAUGUUAUACGGACUGAUCCACGCACGCUAUAUUCUGACCAACAGAGGCAUUGCACAGAUGCUGGAGAAAUAUCAGCAGGGAGAUUUUGGCUACUGUCCACGCGUUUACUGUGAGAAUCAGCCAAUGCUGCCUAUUGGUCUCUCUGAUAUUCCUGGUGAAGCUAUGGUUAAACUCUAUUGCCCAAAAUGUAUGGACGUUUACACACCUAAGUCCUCACGCCACCACCACACAGACGGAGCAUACUUUGGUACUGGAUUCCCUCACAUGUUGUUCAUGGUUCACCCUGAGUAUCGGCCCAAGAGACCAGCCAAUCAGUUUGUUCCUAGGUUAUACGGUUUCAAGAUUCACCCCAUGGCAUACCAGCUUCAGCUACAAGCAGCAAGCAAUUUCAAAAGUCCAGUAAAAACCUUGCGCUGAAACCCAAUCUGGGUCUGCUGAUGGAAUGUCAUCCCCCAGAGACCUUUACAAACUCCGUACCUUGUUAGAGUGCAAGUACACUAUAUCAGUGUAAAAUUUCCCCAAGCCCCCCUUCUUUUGGUUUUAUUCCCAUUAUAGUGUACUUUUACAGCUGUGGUUAAAUAAAAUUAUAUCGAGUU